AUGUCUCAAUCACAUUUACUUGAAUAAUUGCCAUAAAAAGAUAAUUAAGGAGAUUAAUGUUCCAUUCACUCAAAACCAUUAGAAUUAGUUUUUUAAGAAGAUGGCAAAUAUAUUUGUGAUAAUUGUGCCUUAUUUGGAAAUCAUAAGUUUCACAAUUAUAAACCAAUUGAUGAAUAUGUGAAGAAAAUGGAAUAAACUUUUUAUGAUAUAACAACAAUGUAUGAAAUUGUAAAAGAAAUGAGAGCCAAAAUCGAACAAAAGACAUAUUUUAAAGAAUUUGAAACUCAGUUACUAUAAUCAAAGGAUGCUAAAUUGUAAUCAAUAGAUAUAAAGUUUAAUGAAUUAUUUAAUGAAUUAAUGAGAAUGAAAGAAGAAAUUAAAACCAGAAUUUCAAAUAAUUACAACUUAUUAUAUGAUGAUAANACCAAGAUUUGA